AUGCUUCCUCGGCUCUCAAUACCAUCUGUUCUGCCUCAACUCUCAGACCACCUUCAUCCAUCAGCCUCCAUCCGUCAGCCUCCAUCAGUCAGCUCCCAUCCGUCAGCCUCCAUCCGUCAGCUCCCAUCCAUCAGCUCCCAUCCAUCAGCCUCCAUCCAUCAGCUCCCAUCCGUCAGCCUCCAUCCGUCAGCUCCCAUCCGUCAGCCUCCAUCCGUCAGCCUCCAUCCAUCAGCUCCCAUCCAUCAGCUCCCAUCCGUCAGCCUCCAUCCGUCAGCCUCCAUCCGUCAGCUCCCAUCCAUCAGCCUCCAUCCGUCAGUCUCCAUCCAUCAGCUCCCAUCCAUCAGCCUCCAUCCGUCAGCUCCCAUCCGUCAGCCCCCAUCCGUCAGUCUCCAUCCAUCAGCUCCCAUCCAUCAGCCUCCAUCCGUCAGCUCCCAUCCGUCAGCUCCCAUCCGUCAGCUCCCAUCCGUCAGCCUCCAUCCGUCAGCUCCCAUCCGUCAGCCUCCAUCCAUCAGCUCCCAUCCAUCAGCCUCCAUCCGUAAGCUCCCAUCCAUCAGCCUCCAUCCGUCAGCCUCCAUCCAUCAGCUCCCAUCCGUCAGCUCCCAUCCGUCAGCCUCCAUCCGUCAGCCUCCAUCCGUCAGCCCCCAUCCGUCAGCCUCCAUCCAUCAUCCUCCAUCCGUCAGCUCCCAUCCGUCAGCUCCCAUCCGUCAGCCCCCAUCCGUCAGCCCCCAUCCGUCAGCCUCCAUCCAUCAUCCUCCAUCCAUCAGCUCCCAUCCGUCAGCUCCCAUCCGUCAGCCUCCAUCCAUCAUCCUCCAUCCGUCAGCUCCCAUCCAUCAUCCUCCAUCCGUCAGCUCCCAUCCGUCAUCCUCCAUCCGUCAGCCUCCAUCCAUCAUCCUCCAUCCAUCAGCCUCCAUCCAUCAGCCUCCAUCCAUAAUCCUCCAUCCGUCAGCUCCCAUCCGUCAUCCUCCAUCCAUCAGCUCCCAUCCGUCAGCUCCCAUCCGUCAGCUCCCAUCCGCCUCAGCCUCCAUCCGUCAGCCUCCAUCCAUCAGCUCCCAUCCAUCAGCCUCCAUCCAUCAGCCUCCAUCCAUCAGCCUCCAUCCGUCAGCCUCCAUCC